ACGGAGGGAGGCUCUUAGGAAGCUCUUGCUGGGGGCCGUGCUCCUCGGCGCUCAGCGGAAAUCUUACGUGAAUGGAAGAAAUGCUUCCAAGAAAACAGCCACUAUCAGAACAGCUGUGUGACCAGGAGGAAGAGGCCAGGGUUCGGGUCCCCAGACCCUGAAGCAGAGGGAGCCCAAGGGGAGACUGGAGACAAGGUAUUUCCAGCUGUGCAGUGACUGACUAGCUGAGAACUCACACUGGAGUUCCGUUCUGCAACAAUGACCAACGAAAUGGAGUACGACUACAGCAACUACAGUGAAGAGUACCUUGACGGCUUUAACUCCAUUGUGGACUUGGAGGAGGGAGAUCCGCUGGAGGCCAACGUGACUCGGAUCUUCCUGGUGGUGAUCUACAGCCUGGUGUGCUUCCUCGGGAUCCUGGGCAAUGGUCUGGUGAUUGUCAUCGCCACCUUCAAGAUGAAGAAGACGGUGAAUACUGUGUGGUUCACCAACCUGGCAGUGGCUGACUUCCUGUUCAAUAUCUUCCUGCCGAUCCACAUCACCUACGCCGCAAUGGACUACCACUGGGUGUUCGGGAAGGCCAUGUGCAAGAUCAGUAACUUUCUGCUCAUCCACAACAUGUACACCAGCGUCUUCCUGCUGACCGUCAUCAGCUUUGACCGCUGCAUCUCGGUGCUGCUUCCUGUCUGGUCCCAGAACCACCGCAGCAUCCGCCUGGCCUACGUGACCUGUGUGGUCGUCUGGCUCUUGGCUUUCUUCUUGAGUUCCCCGUCUCUUGUGUUCCGAGACACAACCAACGUGCAUGGGAAAAUAUUCUGCUUCAACAACUUCAGCUUGUCUGCACCCCAGCACCCUGCUCACUCCCGACUGGAUCCUGUGGGGUACAGCAGGCAUGUGGUGGUCACUGUCACCCGCUUCCUCUGUGGCUUCCUGAUCCCUGUCUUCAUCAUCACAGCGUGCUAUCUCACCAUCGUCUUCAAGCUGCAGCGCAACCGCCUGGCCAAGACCAAGAAACCCUUCAAGAUCAUUGUCACCAUCAUCAUCACCUUCUUCCUGUGCUGGUGCCCCUACCACACACUCUACCUGCUGGAGCUCCACCACACAGAUGUGCCGGACUCUGUCUUCAGCCUGGGAUUGCCUCUGGCCACGGCCAUUGCCAUCGCCAACAGCUGUAUGAAUCCCAUUCUGUAUGUCUUCAUGGGCCAUGACUUCAAGAAAUUCAAGGUGGCUCUCUUCUCCCGCCUGGUCAAUGCCCUGAGCGAGGACACAGGACCCUCCUCCUAUCACAGAAGCUUCACCAAGAUGUCAUCACUGAAUGAGAAGCCCUCCAUGAAUGAGAAGGAGACCAGUGCUCUCUGAACCUUACCUGGGCAUGCCCCCACGGGUGCUGCAGCCCAGGGAUACCCAGGGACUUGUCUCCCCAUGUGGGAGACAUGGUGGGAGCCUUUUUGGCAUGCUUCAAUGCCCAGCACAUUUUGCACAGGGUAACUCAUGUUUUGGAUGGGGUUCCAGAGUGUGGACACUCUUCCAGCAAAAUGUAUGGAUGGCAGAAUAGCCUGAGCCUCUGGAGUGGGAGGUGGGGGGCAGCUUCGCUUGACUGAGAGAAGGGAACCGUUCUCUGGAGCCAAGCCCCGAGCUGUGAUCAACACACAGGCACAAGGUUUUACUGUGUGUGCCCCAAACCCAUGGCACAGUCUCUGCUGUGGGUGAAGACGCCAGCACAAACCCAUUGCAGGCCUGCUAUGGCAACGGGACAGUCAAGCCGGCAAGGCGGGCCCUGCCCCCAUAAUCCUCUGAGAUCUUGGCCUUGGAUUUCAGAUGAACUGGGGAGACCAGGACCCGAGGGGCUUUAUGGAACCCUGCUGGGGCAAGGCAGGGGUGUGGGUGGUGGUGGUGAAGAAAUGAGGGAGGGCAGAGAACCCCAAAGGAUGUGGGUGCAGAGCACCUCACAGCAUCAUACCACAGGAAGAUGGUGCUAUGGGCGGUGGAUGCUUGGGGUUUUAGGUGGCAGCCCUUUGCUUCAGCGCCUAUAAAUACUCACCUAACCCUGUAUCCUGAGUCUGGGGUGAGGGUAUCAUCACAGAAGCUCCCAGCCCAUCCCAGGCUCUCUUCUCUCCCUCCCUAAUCCCCUGAGCUCUGGCUAGGAGGGCUUACAGUGUAGCCCAGGGUAGAGGGAUGGUCUCUUCAUUAACCCCCUUCAACCUUUGCUGGAGACUGGUGAAGCUGGAGACAAAGGAGCUUUGGACUCCUGCCUCAGAAUGGCGCCCAAAGGCCUUCCGACGCUUGCCUGUGACCAGCUCAUCUGACUCCUCCCCGAAUCGCACUUUCCAGGUGUGGCAUCACAGCCCUGUGGGCAGCCCAUCACCAGGCUUUCCUCCCAAAAUCAGACACUAUCGCCUGGCAGGGAAGUGACUCACCCAACACCACACACAGCAACGAAGCCCAGAGCCCAGCUCCGCCUAGGUGACUUCUUUCCCUCAGUGGCCUGCAGUUACUCAACGUUUCGAUGCACGUUAAGCCUUUCACGUGUGUCUUCUCAUUUAUUCUUCACAGAAACCCUGAGUCAGGUCCUAUCCAUAUGAGGAAUCAGAGGCUCCCAAAGGUUAAGUAGUUGACCCAAGGGGACCCAGUUAGAUGCCGGUAGGAUCUGGAUUCAAACCUCAGUUUGCCUGGCUCAAAGGAGGAUGUAUCAUCAGAAAGAAACUAGUGGGUUUGGGGUUUUAGCCAUAAAUGCUGUUUUUUUUUCAGUGGAUCCGUGUGAAUAUCUUAAUAGUCUUCAUAAAGCCUUGCUUGUUGUUUUCAGA